CCAGAAGAACUAAAGAUGACGUAGCAACCUGUUAUGUCACAUGAUAAAAGUGGGCGUGCCUGAGAGCUGUUUCCGGAAACAUGGAGGCUAUAGUGAGUGAUGUGGUAGCUCCUGAAGACCUUUUAAAGUUUGAGAAGAAAUACAACAGCGAGCUGGUGAAGGGAGCUGUCUCCAAAGAAACAAAGUUUGAAUAUGCCUGGUGUCUGAUCAGGAGUAAAUACUCGGACGAUAUCAAGAAGGGAAUUGUGUACUUGGAAGAACUUGUUCAAAAAGCAUCAAAGGACGACUCCCGGGACUUCUUGUUCUACCUUGCAGUGGCCAACUACAGACUUAAAGAAUAUGAAAAAGCUCUGAAGUACAUCCGGACUCUCCUGAAGAACGAGCCGGGGAACAAGCAGGCUCUGGAGCUGGAGAAACUCAUUGACAAGGCUUUAAAGAAAGAUGGUUUGGUUGGCAUGGCGAUCGUCGGGGGAAUCGGUCUCGGUGUGGCCGGUCUAGCCGGCCUCAUCGGCUUGGCCGUGUCAAAGGGAGCUGCCAAAUCCUAACCUGAACAUGAGACGACCUGUUUUCUUUUUGCUGGACUGAUACUCUUCCCCCCGCAUAAAAAAAUUAAACUUGUGUGGAGAAAGCAUGAAGGAUGUAACAUUUUGGUUGAGUUGAAUAUUAACUGCACCACAUUAAAGGGUUAAAAUAAUGCCAGUGAUUAACCUCUUCAUAUUUUAACGGGUUUGAAAUUCACUAUACCUAGACAUAUGAUUACUUUGUGAUCUACUGACACACUAUAGCAUGGCACUUUCAUAUUACUUGUGUAAAUAAAUUAGAAUAGACAAGGUGCAGCUCAGUUUUAUGUCAUUUCUUAGCUAGUAUGCACCUCAGCCUAAUCCUGCUAAGUUUACAUUUACAUUUUUUUUUAAAUGUCUUUGUAAAAGUGCUGUUGUGGUUCUGUAACUGUCUUUUUCAUUAAUUUUGACAUAAAGAAGCAUCAAGGAAAGUGUUACUAAAGCAGUAGGAAGUAUAGUUUGUAAUGCCAAAAAGAACAGAAUCAUUUGUUUGCAGGUGAGGUGACAGUGAUUCUGCUAUAAUGCUGUUAGAAGAAUAUAAACCCACCUGCUGCUGUGAGGGCAGUGACAGAUGUUUGCAUUUAUUUUGGACGAGAUUUUUAAAAAAUUUGUUCUGAAUGCGACUUUAAGUUGAGGGAGGUGAAGCACUUAUUGGAAAUGAAUACAUGUUUUCAUGUAACAUGCAUUUUCAAACAUUAAUCUGUGCUGCAUUUAAUGACUUGUGUUUUCCAUCUUGUUAAAUAAAUAAGAUUAUUUCAAACAGA